UGUCACUCUUGCUCCUGAUUGCCAUUGAGGGGUUUGUAUUGGGAUUGGAGGUUCAAGAACAAUUCUCUGUUCUAGUUGAGCGUAUAAUUUUGCUCGGACUGAUUAUUCCCUCUGCAAUUAUCAUACAGGAUCCCUCUACCUGCCCUCCUUUUCUUCUCGUCCCUCCACAUCAACUUCCACCUCUCUCCCCACAUCCAAGAUGAAACCCAUCUGGUGGCCCGGCGAGCAACAUGAGCUCUUCACAGAAUGGGCCGUCACGCAAAGCAUCGUCAUCAACGGAGUCAGCCCAGCCCGGUUCGUUGGCCGCGGCUUAGGCAUGAUAGCCACGCGCAAGAUCGAAAAAGACUCCAUCCUCAUCUCCGUCCCCCACAGCGCAAUGCUCACCCCCAGCAAGAUCCCCUCGUCAUUCAUCUCCCUCUUCCCCGCAGACACACCAACCCACGCCCUCUACGCCGCAUACCUCACCCACACCCCCACCACCACUGACCCCUGGCGCAACACCUGGCCCACAAUCAGCGACUUCGCCUCCAGCAUGCCAAUACUCUGGCCGUCCUCCUUCAUGUCCCUUCUCCCGCCAUCCAUCUCCGGCUUAUGGUCCACCAUCCCCUCUAGCCUUCCAAAGGAGAAGCAGCAACACGACACCUCCCACCAACACCUCCUGUCGCAACAAGAAGCCCGACUCACCAGGGACUGGGAGAUCGUAGAACGGGUGCUUCCCGGUAUGGAGUGGGAGAAGUUCAAGUACCAUUGGAUUAUUGUGAAUACGCGAAGCUUCUUCUAUCUUUUGCCCGGGAAGGAUAUGCCUGAGGAUAGAUAUGAUGCUAUGGCGUUGGUUCCGGUGGCGGAUUAUUUUAACCACUCGGAUGAGGCGUGUAAUGUCAAGUUUGAUGGAGAGAGAUAUGUUUUUCGUGCGGCAAAGGACUAUGAGGAGGGAGAGGAGAUCUAUAUGAGCUAUGGGCCUCACCCCAAUGAUUUCCUCUUUACGGAGUAUGGGUUCUUCUUGGAGGAGAAUGUCUCCGAAACGCUGUGCCUAGAUGAUAUUAUAUUCCAGGAUCUCAGUCCGGCCAUGCGGGAGGAGCUCGAGUUUCACAAAUACGAUGGAAACUAUCAACUAACGGCCGAUGGCGUCUGCUAUCGCACGGAAGUCGCCGCCGGUCUUACAUAUAUGCGACUCCAAGAAUGGCAGGACUAUGUCCUCGGCUACUCGACCCAAGGCGUCGAUAAAAAGAAAUCAGAAGCCGUCAUCCGGAGAUGGAUCCAUACCUAUCUCAAGGAGGCAGACGCGACCAUCGACCGGCUGGAGGAUCUUAGUCCCGAUAAGCCGGAACACCAAGGGAUGGUCAGAAUGCUGCUGAAACGGUGGUGGCAGAUUAGAACUCUCUGUGAUACAGCCAUGCAGGCUGUGUCUGCUAACCAGUAAAAGAAAAUCGGGGUAUAUUAUCAUAUAAGUACAGACUUCCGCUCCGCUUACAAAAUGUCGAUAGGGAUCGCACUGGACUCUCUCUGCUUCGACGUGUGCUGUUUCGCCAAAAUCAGGUGCUUCAUCAUGUAAUUCACCACACACUUGACACCAAGCUCUUCGCCUCUGCGCACGAUGUAGCCAUUCAAGUAUUCAAUCUCGGUCGUCUUGCCAGCGCGUACAUCCUGCAGCAUCGAGCUG